UGUUUGUGAUAGGGUGAUGAGUGUUGAAGAGAAGUUUAGGAUCGUGAGGAGUGUUGGGGAAGAGUGUAUUCAAGAGGAUGAGUUGCUAAACCUUCUCACCAAGAAGCCCGAACCUGUUUGCUACGAUGGGUUUGAACCCUCCGGUCGAAUGCACAUUGCCCAGGGUAUUAUGAAGAUUAUUAGUGUCAACAAAUUGACUUCCGCUGGUUUCAAAGUAAAGAUUUGGAUUGCAGAUUGGUUUGCAUUUUUGAACAACAAAAUGGGUGGUGAUUUAAAAAGAAUUCAAACUGUUGGACAGUACAUGAUUGAGAUUUGGAAAGCUGUAGGGUUAAAUCUCCAAGGAGAUAAAGUGGAAUUUUUAUGGUCAUCGGAAGAAAUUAACCUCCGAGCACAUGAGUACUGGCCUCUUGUAAUGGACAUUGCAAGAAAGAACACGCUUCCUAGGUUAACGAGGUGUGUCCAGAUUAUGGGUCGCAGUGAGCAGGAUGAGUUAAUGGGAGCAGAAAUUUUCUACCCAUGCAUGCAAUGUACUGAUAUAUUUUUCCUUAAAGCUGAUAUCUGUCAACUGGGCAUGGAUCAGCAGAAAGUGAAUGUCCUUGCGAGAGAGUAUUGUGAUGACAUUAAGAGGAAAAACAAGCCUAUCAUAUUGUCUCACCACAUGCUUCCUGGUUUGCAGCAAAGGCAAGAGAAGAUGUCAAAAAGUGAUCCAUCGUCUUCCAUCUUUAUGGAGGAUGAAGAGGCUGAAGUAAAUUUGAAGAUAAAGAAGGCGUAUUGCCCUCCGUUGGUAGUUGAAGGGAACCCAUGCCUAGAAUACCUUAAAUACAUUAUCUUCCCAUGGUUUCAUGAAUUCAAAGUUGAACGUGGCCCUAACAAUGGUGGUGAAAAGACCUUCAACAAUAUUGAAGAACUAGUUGCAGACUUUGAAAGCGGGCAAUUGCAUCCUGGUGAUCUGAAACCUGCUCUAUCAAAAGCAUUAAAUAAAAUAUUGCAGCCUGUCCGUGAUCAUUUCAAGAAUGAUCCUGCUGCUAAGGAGCUAUUGAAAAGGGUAAAGGGUUACAAAGUCACGAGAUGAUGUGGCCAUGAAUACCGAACACAUUUUUGUCGGAGGCUGUCUUGGAUACUUGCUUGAAGCAGUA